UUGUGUAUAUUGCUUUAUAAUAUCAAAUAGAAAAGUUUAUAAACCAAACAACUAAACAUACAUAAUGAAAUUUGGCUUUUGUAUCAGUAACAAUUAACAACAUAUUAGAGAAAAAUAAUUAAGCAUUGUUAUUUUAUAAUCCGAUGACUAAUUUGUAAAAACUAUCUUGAAAAACUUUUGUUGGCGUUCUUUUAAAAUAAAUUAAAGUCCCAAAAAAACUCAGAAAUCUAUUUUGUACCUAUAACUGAACAAAUAUAUACAGAGAACCACUCCGUUUAAAUUUUAUCGUCUUAAAAUUCAACUAAGCAGAGAUGCACGGGAGAGUGAAAGUCAGAACUUCUGAGGAAGAGAAAGCCAGGAAAGAGAAAGAGAGAAAUGAAAAAUUGAAGAUUUUCAAACAUGCCAUGCAAAAAAUUCAAAUCAAGAGGAAAGAAUGCACUCUUGAUAAAGAAUUACUGGAACUGGCAGGAAAUGUGUUAUCUUCUAAUCCUGACAUUUACACUUUAUGGAAUAUAAGGAGAGAAAUUUUACAAUUAUUUAAAAAAAGCAAUGAUAAUAUUGAAGAAAUGUCACAGGUGUACAAUGCAGAAUUGCAUCUAACUGAAUAUUGCCUAAAAAUAAACCCAAAGUCAUAUUGUGCCUGGCACCAAAGAGAGUGGGUGCUUCUGACUCGUGAUGAUCCUGACUGGCAAAAAGAACUGGAACUAUGCAAUACCUACCUGAAGUUAGAUGAAAGGAAUUUUCACACAUGGGAUUACAGAAGAUUUGUUGUGAGUCAGUGCAAACCAUCUCUAAAAGAUGAAUUUGAUUACACCACAGAGAAACUAAUGGAUAAUUUUUCAAAUUAUUCAGCAUGGCACUACAGGAGUAAAAUGCUUGUCGAAUUAUAUCCUGAUCGGAAAGGUGGAAGGCCAAUUGAAGAUAGUCAUCACAAACAUGAAUUAAAAAUGGUUCAAAAUGCUGCAUUCACUGAUCCUGAUGACACAAGUGCUUGGUUUUAUCAAAGAUGGUUGUUAGGUGCAGUUAAAACCACAAUCGAUCUAGUAAAUUACACAGUUACACCAACAAAAACUACAUUUGCAUUCAGCAAACACGUAGACAAGAAUUAUGUUAGUGCAAAAACUAAAUUAUUAAUCAAUAAUUGUGUUGUAAAUGGCGAAUGGGUUUCGUGUACAGGAAAUUGUUAUGAUGUCUUGUGGGUUUUUCAACACUCAACACCAAUAACGAAAAAAAUAAAUAUCAAGGUUGAAUAUGAAAUAGAUAAUGGACAAAAACAAAUAAUACAAGGCGUUGAGUGUAAAGAAAUGUUUUAUAUUGGUAAAAAUCAAAUUAAAUUUGAGCGAAAUUAUUCGGAGGCUGUUAUAGAAGAGUUAAAGGACCAACUAGAGUCUUGUAGACAACUGUUGAAUUUGGAACCUGACAGCAAAUGGACAAUGCUAACAACCACAAUUUUCCUACAUUGUAUAGAUGCCAAAGCAUACCACACUGAGUCAAUACAAAAUUUACAAAAACUAAAAGUCAUUGAUAAAUUACGAGCUGGCUACUAUGAUGAUCUUAUAGCAAAAUGGUGCAUUGAAAAACAAUUGUGUUCAGACUACGAAAACGCAGAUCUUGCAUUAAAGUUUUCAUUCCCUAGUCCUGUAUCAAGCCUACCUUAUCUACAAUACUACAGUUACUGUGAUAGCGUAGAUUUAUCCAAUCAACAACUGACUUCUAAUAUAUUUCCUUCUUUAAUAGUUCUGCAACAUUGCAAGAAAUUAUCAUUGGAGAACAAUAACUUGACAACAAUGAAGAAUUUUCCAGAUUUGGAUCUGGUAGAAUUGAAUUUGCUGGGUAAUGAAAAGUUGGAUAGAAACGAAAUAGAAUUAUUUACAAAAAAGUAUAAUUUCAAUAUUAAAUACUAAAGAAUAAACGAUGUAUUAGUUACAAAGAAAUAUAUAUAUAUUUUGCAUCAGUGUUUUUUUUUGUUUUGUACUCAGUAUUACCCCUGGGGACUUAAACUUUGUUAAAUUGUGGUCCUCCACUAUGAGUUUAUGAGAUUCUGUUAAGCUAUUGCAUAGCUUUUAUCGCGGGCUUUGAGCGCGGAGACCGAAUCAAGAAAUUCAGUAACGAAAAUAAAACCUAACACUCAGCCUAC